CUUUGAUUUAAACUCCUUUGUUUGUGUCUCUAUGACGCCGGCCAUUUGAAUAUAAAAAACUCCGUGACUCCAGUACUGCAAUCGACGCCAUUUGGUCAACGAUGAGAUCAUCUCGUCGGCGAUUCCUCUUUCUGGUCUUCGCCGUUGUUCUCUUACACUCAUCAUUCCGGACUUCUGCGACCCAUUUGAAACCGGAGGUAAUUGGUCCUCUUGGUCAGCGGCUUUUGGAGGAUGCGAAGUCGCCGGAGUUUUUUAACUGGGUUAGAAACAUUCGCCGGAAAAUCCAUGAGUAUCCGGAGCUAGGGUUUCAAGAAUACAAGACGAGUGAAGUGAUAAGAGCAGAGCUCGACAAGCUUGGCGUCGAGUACACAUGGCCGGUGGCGGAGACCGGUGUUGUUGCCACCAUUGGUUCCGGCGAACAGCCAUUCUUUGCUCUCCGAGCGGAUAUGGACGCUCUACCAAUCCAGGAACUAGUCGAUUGGGAUCACCGGAGCAAGAUCGCCGGAAAAAUGCACGCCUGUGGCCACGAUUCUCAUGUAGCAAUGCUACUUGGAGCUGCUAAAUUGCUCCAAGCGAGGAGACACAAACUCAAGGGCACCGUGAAACUGGUUUUCCAGCCCGGCGAAGAGGGUUUCGCCGGAGCUUAUCAUAUGCUAAAACACAGUGCACUGGACAACAUCAAAGCCGCCUUUGCCCUCCACGUUUAUCCGUCGUAUCCGGUGGGUGUCGUAGCUUCACGGCCAGGUCCGGUGUUAGCCGGCGCCGGAAGGUUUACAGCAACCAUUAAAGGUACCGGUGGACAUGCUGCAACCCCACAGUUAUCGAAAGAUCCGAUUCUUGCAGCAUCAAUGGCGGUUGUUGCUCUACAACAGAUUGUAUCUCGCGAAACAGAUCCACUUGAGUCCAGAGUUGUGACGAUCGGAUACAUUAUCGGAGGGAAAGCAGACAAUGUGAUUCCAGAGAGUGUAAAAAUUGGGGGAACAUAUCGAAGCUUGUCUUCUCAAGGUCUUAUAGACACCAAAGAAAGGAUUAAACAGGUGAUAGAGACGCAGGCCGGCGUUCACCGGUGCGAAGCAGAACUGGAUUUCAUGGAUGAAACGCCGCUGCCGUACCCGGUGACGGAAAACGACGAAGGAUUAUACGAACAUGCAAAGACGGUGGCAGAAAUCAUACUCGGAAAACCCAAUAUGCAGGUGCUUCCGGUGACGAUGGGUGGUGAAGAUUUCAGUUUUUUUACACAGAAAAUGCCGGCGGUUAUGUUCGUGAUAGGAAGCAAUAACAAGACGCAAACACCGCCGGAGCAUUUACACUCGCCGUAUUUUGUUAUUGAUGAAGAGGCGCUCCCGAUUGGAGCAGCUUUUCAUGCUGCGGUGGCGAUUUCUUACUUGGAUAGACAUGGUGGUGGUGGUGUGAUUGAGCGUGAUGAGUUGUUUUCCAUGCGUGGGAAAUAA